AUGGCCGCCGAUCCGCAAAUGGUGCUUUCAAAACUGUACAUCGAUAAAGCCCGUAAAGAGCUGCAUGAAGAACCAGAACAUGUUGCGGCUCACAUCCAAAGCUUGAAACGAUGCAUCGCAGGAAUGCCACACUUGAAAUGUCCCCAAGAUGAUCGAUUUUAUUUGACCUUUCUCCGUCAAGCGAAAUAUCAACAUUCACGUGCUCAAUCGCGUAUCGAUAAUUUUAUCACACUUCGAUGUUCCGAAAAUCAGGCGACUUCCGCAUGGUUUGAUCGAUCCAUGUUGACUCCCUCCCUGGUGGACCAGUAUUUGAAACUUGGGUAUGUUGUGUUUAUGAUGUGCAUUGCCGGUAGACUGCAUAUCCGGGGUGGGAUUAUGGUAUUCGUUUUGCACAGAAAAAACUGCGUGUCUGAGAGCAAUCAUUCGUUAGAAAUGUGUUUUUAA